AUGACGUGUGAAAAUGCUCUAUUCUGCAAACCAUCAGACAUGAAAGACAAGAAUUUCCAAAUGAGCAUUAAGGAUAAAUGUGAUAAGAAACAGAGAAGAAUAGAUGGUAAACAAACAUGGUGUUAUGUUUUGAAAGAAGAAAUGAAAGGAUUAUAUAAACAGGUUGAACCAAACGAUAAUGAAGAUUCAUUUACUGACGAUGAAAUACCUGUAAAUGAAGCUUUAUAA